AGGAGAGAGAGAGAGAGAGAGAGAAAGUGAGGUAGUUGGGAACUACUACAAGAAUACAGGUAGGCAGGUGACACGUGCAGCUCUCAUUAAAGCCGUUAACACCCCCUUCCCUCUCUUAUGCAUUUCCAAAGAUGAAGCGUUCUCAAACACGAACACAACACAGACAUUAUGGGCUUGUUCGGUUAUUGCCUGCUUUCUAACUCAUAAUGCAUCUUAUGAUCCAAAGCAACAGAAGAAAUUUUACUUGACCUUUUGUGCUUCACUUGUUAUUCUCUAAGCAUGUCCAACGCCCAAAAGGCUCCACCAAUGGCUGGAAUUUGGCGUGGGAAUGGGGUCCUAAAUGGAGCAAUUCCAAUCAGGCAACAAGCUACAGUAUCUGAAGUGGAAGAUUUCUGCUAUGCCCUCGGUGGGAGGACUCCAAUCCAUAGUAUCUUAAUUGCAAACAAUGGAAUGGCAGCAGUGAAGUUUAUACGUAGUGUGAGAUCAUGGGCCUUGCAAACCUUUGGUUCAGAGAAGGCAAUCCUGUUGGUGGCCAUGGCAACCCCAGAGGACAUGAGAAUCAAUGCAGAGCACAUUAGGAUUGCUGACCAGUUUGUGGAAGUUCCAGGUGGGACCAAUAAUAAUAACUACGCCAACGUGCAGCUCAUUGUAGAGAUUGCAGAGAUAACACGUGUUAAUGCAGUUUGGCCUGGUUGGGGUCAUGCAUCAGAGAACCCUGAACUUCCAGAUGCACUAAAUGCAAAGGGAAUUAUAUUUCUUGGCCCCCCUGCUGCACCUAUGGCAGCAUUGGGAGAUAAGAUUGGUUCAUCCCUAAUUGCUCAAGCAGCAGGCGUACCAACCCUUCCAUGGAGUGGCUCACACGUAAAAAUUCCACCAGAAAGUUGUUUGGAUUCUAUACCAGAUGAUAUCUAUCGGGAAGCUUGUGUUUAUACAACAGAAGAGGCGCUGGCAAGCUGUCAGGUGGUGGGCUACCCUGCAAUGAUCAAAGCAUCUUGGGGUGGUGGUGGUAAAGGCAUUAGAAAGGUUCAUAAUGAUGACGAAGUGAGGGCAUUAUUCAAGCAAGUCCAAGGUGAAGUUCCUGGCUCUCCAAUAUUUAUAAUGAAGGUUGCUUCCCAGAGCCGUCAUUUAGAAGUCCAGUUACUUUGUGAUCAAUAUGGCAAUGUUGCUGCCCUGCAUAGUCGUGAUUGCAGUGUUCAGAGGCGGCACCAAAAGAUUAUUGAAGAAGGUCCAAUUACUGUAGCACCAUGGGGGACAGUGAAGGAGCUGGAACAAGCAGCAAGGAGGCUAGCUAAGUGUGUAAAUUACGUUGGUGCUGCAACCGUUGAGUAUCUAUACAGCAUGGACACUGGCGAAUACUAUUUCUUAGAACUCAACCCUCGAUUACAGGUGGAACAUCCUGUCACUGAGUGGAUAGCUGAAAUAAAUCUGCCUGCAGCACAAGUUUCAGUUGGCAUGGGUAUUCCUCUCUGGCAAAUUCCUGAAAUAAGGCGGUUUUAUGGAAUGGAACAUGGUGGAGGAUAUGAUGCUUGGAAGAGAACAUCAGUUCUUGCCACCCCAUUUGAUUUUGACAAGGCAGAGUCUGUGAGGCCAAAAGGACAUUGUGUAGCUGUACGUGUAACAAGUGAGGACCCAGAUGAUGGUUUUAAACCUACCAGUGGGAAAGUGCAGGAACUGAACUUUAAAAGUAAACCAAAUGUCUGGGCAUACUUCUCUGUUAAGUCUGGAGGAGGAAUUCAUGAAUUCUCAGAUUCUCAAUUUGGACAUGUCUUUGCUUUUGGAGAGUCCAGACCCUUAGCUAUUGCAAACAUGGUUCUUGGGCUAAAGGAAAUCCAAAUCCGGGGAGAAAUUCAUACGAAUGUUGAUUACACAAUUGAUCUUUUACAUGCUUUGGAGUACAGAGACAACAAGAUCCAUACAGGGUGGCUGGACAGCAGAAUUGCCAUGCGGGUUAGAGCAGAGAGGCCUCCUUGGUACAUUUCAGUUGUUGGAGGGGCACUCUUUAAAGCAUCAACUAGCAGUGCAUCAAUGGUUUCUGAUUAUGUUGGUUAUCUUGAAAAGGGGCAAAUCCCACCCAAGCAUAUAUCCCUCGUCAAUUCUCAAGUUUCUUUGAACAUUGAAGGAAGCAAAUAUACGAUUGAAAUGGUGAGGGGAGGACCUGGAAGCUAUAGAUUGAGGAUGAAUCAAUCAGAGAUAGAAGCAGAAAUACAUACAUUGCGUGAUGGGGGGCUACUGAUGCAGUUGGAUGGCAAUAGUCAUGUUAUAUAUGCAGAGGAAGAGGCAGCUGGUACUCGUCUUUUGAUUGAUGGAAGGACCUGUUUGUUACAGAAUGAUCACGAUCCAUCCAAGUUAGUUGCAGAGACACCAUGCAAGCUUCUUCGUUUCCUAGUUCCAGAUGGCAGUCAUUUGGAUGCUGACACACCAUAUGCAGAAGUUGAGGUUAUGAAGAUGUGCAUGCCACUUCUGUUACCUGCUUCUGGAAUCAUUCAUUUUAAAAUGCCCGAAGGCCAGGCAAUGCAGGCUGGUGACCUUAUAGCAAGGCUUGAUCUGGAUGAUCCAUCAGCUGUAAGAAAAGCAGAACCAUUCCAUGGGAGCUUUCCAGUUUUGGGACCUCCAACUGCAGUUUCUGGAAAAGUUCAUCAGAGAUGUGCUGCAAGUCUAAAUUCUGCUCAGAUGAUUCUUGCAGGCUACGACCAUAACAUUGUUGAAGUUGUGCAAGAUUUGCUCAACUGUCUGGAUAGUCCAGAGCUCCCUUUCCUUCAGUGGCAAGAGUCCAUGGCUGUUCUGGCAAACCGUCUGCCCAAAGAUCUGAGAAAUGAGUUGGAUUCUAAGUAUAAGGAGUAUGAAGGGAUCACAGGCUCCCAGAAAAAUGUUGAUUUCCCAGCCAAGCUAUUAAGGGGCAUCCUUGAGUCACAUCUCUUGUCCUGCCCUGAUAAAGAAAAAGCAACACAAGAGCGGCUUGUGGAACCUCUUAUGAGUCUUGUGAAGUCUUAUGAGGGUGGAAGAGAGAGUCAUGCCCGUGUUAUUGUUCAAUCCCUGUUUGAAGAAUACUUAUCUGUUGAAGAAUUGUUUAGUGAUAACAUCCAGGCUGAUGUCAUUGAACGUCUACGGCUUCAAUAUAAGAAAGAUCUUCUGAAAGUUGUUGACAUUGUGCUUUCUCAUCAGGGUGUGAGGAGUAAAAAUAAGUUGAUACUUCGACUAAUGGAAGCGUUGGUGUAUCCCAACCCUGCUGCUUAUAGGGAUCAACUGAUACGGUUCUCUGCUCUUAACCAUACAGUUUAUUCUGAGUUAGCACUGAAGGCAAGCCAACUACUUGAACAAACCAAACUCAGUGAACUCCGUUCAAGCAUUGCUAGAAGCCUCUCUGAGCUUGAGAUGUUCACAGAGGAAGGUGAAAAUAUAGAUACUCCUAGGAGGAAAAGUGCCAUAAAUGAAAGGAUGGAGGAUCUUGUUAGUGCUCCUUUGGCUGUUGAAGAUGCCCUUGUUGGUUUGUUUGACCAUAGUGAUCACACUCUUCAAAGGCGGGUUGUAGAGACUUACGUUCGCAGGCUAUACCAGCCAUAUCUUGUAAAGGGGAGUGUCCGGAUGCAGUGGCACAGAUCUGGUCUUAUUGCUUCUUGGGAGUUCUCUGAAGAACAUAAUGAGAGAAGGAAUGGGUCCGAGGAUCACAAUUCUGAAAAACCAGUGGUUCAAAAACACAGUGUGAGGAAAUGGGGAGCAAUGGUUAUUAUCAAGUCCCUUCAGUUUUUAUCAAUGGCUAUUGGUGCUGCUUUGAAGGAAACCAAUCAUAGCCCUCACGAAUUGAUGACCAAUGGGCACCUAGAACCAGAUAGCCAUGGUAACAUGCUACAUGUUGCCCUGGUCGGCAUCAACAAUCAGAUGAGUUUGCUUCAGGAUAGUGGUGACGAGGAUCAGGCUCAGGAAAGAAUUAAUAAAUUAGCCAAAAUACUAAAAGACAAAGAUGUAUGCUCGGAUCUGCGUGCUGCAGGUGUUGGGGUUGUUAGCUGUAUCAUACAGAGGGAUGAAGGGAGGGCCCCCAUGAGACACUCCUUUCAUUGGUCACUUGAGAAGCUAUAUUAUGAAGAAGAGCCUCUAUUACGACACUUGGAACCUCCUCUAUCUAUUUUCCUUGAAUUGGACAAGCUGAAAGGGUAUGAGAAUAUACAGUAUACCCCAUCCAGGGAUCGCCAGUGGCACCUUUACAGUGUUAUUGGCAAGCCACCACCCAUUAAUAGGAUGUUUCUUCGAACUCUUGUUAGACAACCUAACGGAAGCGAAGGGUUCUCAAUUUACCAAGGGCUGGAUGUUGGAAUAAACCAAGCCCAACAAGCUAUGUCUUAUACUGCAAAGAGCCUGUUGAGGUCUUUGAUAGCUGCACUUGAAGAACUGGAACUACUUGUACACAAUGAUACUGUAAAAUCUGAACAUGCCCAUAUGUACCUUUGCAUCCUACGGGAGCAACAAGUAGAUGAUCUUUUACCUUACACCAGGAGAGUUGAAAUAGAUGCUGGCCAAGAAGAAACUGUGGUUGGAAUCAUCUUGGAAGAGCUGGCACAUGAGAUCCAUCAAAAUGUUGGUGUAAGAAUGUACCGGCUAGGAGUUUGUGAGUGGGAAGUGAAGCUUUGGAUGGCAUCUGCUGGGGUUGCUAGUGGUGCUUGGAGGGUUGUGGUUACAAAUGUGACUGGUCACACUUGUACUGUGCAUUUAUACCGAGAAGUGGAGCAUACUGACAAGCAUGAAGUGGUCUAUCAUUCAGCUUUCUCAGUUUCAGGUCCUUUGCAUGGUGUGCCUGUGAAUGCACGCUAUCAGCCUCUGACAAAUCUUGAUCGCAAACGCUUUGCAGCGAGGAAAGCCAACUCCACUUACUGCUAUGAUUUUCCACUGGCAUUUGAGACAGCCUUGAAACGGUCAUGGGCUUCCCAAUUUAUGGAUAUCAACAAGAUCAACAAGCCCAUAGAUAAGGGUCUUGUCAAAGUCACAGAGCUCAUGUUUUCAGAAAAACAGGGUGACUGGGGUACACCUCUUGUUUCUGUAGAGCGCCCUCCUGCACUCAAUGAUGUUGGUAUGGUAGCAUGGAGUAUGGAGAUGUCUACACCAGAGUUUCCACAAGGAAGGACCAUUCUGAUAGUAGCAAAUGAUGUGACAUUCCAAGUUGGAUCCUUUGGUCCAAGAGAGGAUGCAUUCUUCCUUGCUGUAACUAAUCUAGCUUGCGAUAAGAAACUGCCACUAAUUUAUUUGGCUGCAAACUCUGGGGCUCGUAUUGGAGCAGCUGAGGAAGUAAGAGCAUGCUUUAGAGUUGGAUGGUCUGAUGAAUCAAAUCCCGAGCGUGGAUUUCAGUAUGUCUAUUUAACCCCUGAAGAUUAUGAAUGUAUUGGAUCAUCUGUGAUAGCACAUGAGUUAAAGACAGAAACUGGAGAAACCAGAUGGGUCAUAGACACCAUUGUUGGGAAGGAAGAUGGAUUGGGGGUUGAAAACUUGACAGGCAGUGGAGCUAUUGCUGCUGCUUACUCAAGGGCAUACAAGGAAACCUUCACAUUAACAUUUGUGACAGGGCGAACUGUUGGGAUAGGUGCAUAUCUUGCUCGUCUUGGCAUGCGGUGCAUUCAGAGGCUUGAUCAGCCCAUUAUUCUGACAGGAUUCCCUACACUGAACAAGCUUCUUGGGCGGGAGGUAUAUAGCUCCCACAUGCAACUUGGUGGACCUAAAAUCAUGGCUACCAAUGGGGUUGUUCAUCUUACAGUCUCAGACGAUCUUGAAGGUGUCACAGCCAUUCUGAACUGGCUUAGCUAUGUGCCUCCAUGUGUGGGCGGGCCCCUUCCCAUUUUGGGUCCUUCAGAUCCUCCUGAGAGGCCUGUUGAGUAUUUCCCUGACAACUCAUGUGAUCCACGUGCAGCUAUUUGUGGUAUUCAGGAUGGGAAUGGAAAGUGGUUUGGGGGGAUUUUUGACAAGGAUAGCUUUGUGGAGACUCUUGAAGGUUGGGCAAGGACUGUGGUAACGGGAAGGGCAAGGCUUGGGGGGAUCCCUGUAGGAAUUAUUGCUGUUGAAACACAGACUGUGAUGCAAGUUAUCCCUGCAGACCCUGGUCAGCUCGAUUCCCAUGAGAGGGUGGUCCCUCAAGCGGGUCAAGUAUGGUUUCCAGAUUCUGCAACCAAGACAGCUCAAGCAUUGUUGGAUUUUAACAGAGAAGAACUCCCACUUUUCAUCCUUGCCAACUGGAGAGGCUUCUCUGGUGGGCAGAGGGACCUCUUUGAAGGGAUCCUUCAGGCUGGAUCAACUAUUGUGGAGAACCUCCGAACAUACAAGCAACCUGUAUUUGUGUAUAUUCCCAUGAUGGGUGAGCUUCGUGGUGGAGCAUGGGUUGUUGUGGAUAGCAGGAUCAAUCCUGACCACAUUGAAAUGUAUGCUGAGAGGACAGCCAAGGGAAAUGUUCUUGAGCCAGAAGGGAUGAUUGAAAUCAAGUUUAGAGAAAAGCAACUGAUAGAUUGCAUGGGUAGGCUUGAUCAACAGCUGGUCAAUAUGAAAGCAAGACUUCAGGAAGCCAAAAGUAGUGGUUCCUGUGGAGCUGUUGAAACUCUACAACAACAGAUAAGAUCCCGUGAGAAGCAGCUAUUACCAGUGUACACUCAGAUUGCAACCCGAUUUGCUGAAUUGCAUGAUACUUCAUUCAGGAUGGCAGCAAAAGGGGUGGUCAGACAAGUAGUAGACUGGGGUAACUCCAGGUCAUUCUUCUACAGGAGGCUACACCGGAGAGUUGCGGAGGGAUCAUUGAUUGGGAUAGUGAGGGAUGCUGCAGGUGAUCAGCUAUCUCAUAGGUCAGCAAUGGAUUUGAUCAAGAAGUGGUUCCUGGCUUCUAGACCCGCUGGAGUAGAAGAUGCCUGGGUGGAUGACAAUGUUUUCUUCACAUGGAAGGAUGAUCCAAGGAACUAUGAAACCUAUCUGCAGGAGUUGCGGGUACAAAAGAUAUUGCAUCAAUUAUCAAAUCUUAGUGGGUCAGCAUCAGAUUUACAAGCCCUUCCUAGGGGACUUGCUGGUCUUUUAGACAAGGUUGAACCAGUGACUCGGAUGCAGUUGAUCGCUGAGCUUCAAAAGGUCAUUGGUUGAUAAGAUGCCAUAGGUUUCUUUGUAGCUCAAAGCUGCAGCUCCAUCUUGAGGACUAUGUGAUGUGUAUAAUAUUCCUUAUCUCAGAAACCGAAUACAGUUCUUAUGACUCCUUGAUCGGAAGUUGUUCUUGUGGACAAAACAGAGUUUCACUGGCAUAAGGAUGGAAGGAUGUGCUCCACCGGUUUAAAUUUUGCUAUCAAGUGUAAAUUAUUUUCAAGAGCGCAUUUGAUUGUCUAAGGAAUUUAGAUGAUGUUUAUCUAUUAUUUAAGAAGGUUCCACCAGCAUUGGCAAGCUCCAUUUUCCUAACCUGCCAAUUGUUUGAUCCUUCUGGUUCCAACUGUUCUUAUCUGUAAGUAAUGACUAAUAAUUAUUUUAUUUAUGAACAAGGAAUAAAGUCUUUCUGGAUAAUGUGUUCAUUGUUGUCCACAAUACAGAACAAUGAAUGGUCCUGCUAUUGCUGGUUGCUA